ACAAUCCAUAAAAAUAACCUUUUCCCCUUCUCUCUCUAUAUAAUCUGUACCCCCUCUCGCUCGCUCUCGCAUCGGAGAUCAAUUGAAGCAGAGGGAGGCCAAACUCGGACGCUUCCUCGAUAACAAACCAAACGUCCAACAAGAAGGAGAACGUAAAAACAAGUCUAAGAAGAUGACCGCGGAAGUGUCUAACGGCGUCGCGGAGCCUCUUCCGUACCCCAACGGCGGCAUAAUGCAUCAAAACCCUAGCAACGCCGCCAUCAAGAAGUCGCGCGAGACCGAGCGGCGUCGGCGGCGGAAGCAGAAGAAGAAGAAUAACAAGGCCUCUCAGCAGCAGCGGCAGCCUUCCGUGGCGGCGGACGACAGCGACGAAGACAGCGCCGACGACAACGACAGUGCUAAAGAAAACGGUGAUCCUCUGAAGGCUAUAGAGCAAGUUGAAGUUGAGUAUGUACCAGAAAAGGCAGAAUUAUAUGGUGAUUUUGAUGAGGAGUUUAGGAUGGUCUUUGAGAAAUUCAGUUUUAAGGGACCUGUGGAAUCUGAGGAGAAUGAGAAAAAGGAUGAGACUGCUGCUAGUGCAGCCUCAAAAAAGAAGGCCGACUCUGAUUCUGAAGAGGAAGAGCAGGAUGCCCAACAGAAAGAUAAAGGUGUCUCAAAUAAGAAGAAAAAGCUUCAACGGAGGAUGAAGAUUGCUGAACUCAAGCAGAUAUCUACAAGGCCUGAUGUAGUUGAGGUGUGGGAUGCAACUGCAUCUGACCCCAAAUUAUUGGUGUUUCUUAAAUCAUAUCGAAAUACCGUUCCAGUGCCAAGACAUUGGUGUCAGAAACGAAAAUUUUUGCAGGGGAAGCGCGGUAUUGAGAAACAGCCGUUUCAACUUCCUGAUUUUAUUGCUGCUACAGGGAUUGAGAAAAUCAGACAGGCAUACAUUGAGAAGGAGGACAGUAAGAAGCUUAAACAAAAGCAGCGCGAGAGGAUGCAGCCAAGGAUGGGGAAAAUGGAUAUUGAUUAUCAGGUUCUCCAUGACGCAUUCUUUAAAUAUCAAACUAAGCCUAAGCUGACUGCUCAUGGUGAUCUGUAUCAUGAAGGAAAAGAGUUUGAGGUAAAGCUAAGGGAGAUGAAACCGGGGAUGUUAUCACAGGAACUAAAGGAAGCUCUUGGGAUGCCAGAAGGUGCUCCUCCCCCAUGGCUCAUUAAUAUGCAGAGAUAUGGUCCACCACCUUCUUAUCCACACUUGAAAAUUCCUGGGCUGAAUGCUCCUAUUCCUCCUGGUGCAAGUUUUGGAUAUCAUCCUGGAGGUUGGGGCAAGCCUCCUGUUGAUGAAUUUGGCCGGCCACUGUAUGGGGAUGUCUUUGGGGUUCAGCAGCAAGAUCAGCCAAACUAUGAGGAAGAACCAGUUGACAAGACCAAGCAUUGGGGUGACUUGGAGGAAGAGGAGGAAGAAGAGGAAGAGGAGGUGGAAGAACCGCUUGAGGAAGAGGAUUUGGAGGAUGGCAUUCAAUCUGUUGACAGUCUUUCAAGCACUCCUACUGGUGUUGAGACUCCAGAUGUCAUUGAUCUUCGUAAGCAGCAGAGGAAGGAGCCCGAGAAGCCUCUUUACCAAGUACUUGAGGAAAAAGAAGAAAAGAUUGCUGCAGGGACCUUACUUGGUACAACACAUACGUAUGUCAUUGGCACUGGCGCUCAAGACAAGGCAGCUGCUAAAAGGGUUGAUCUGCUUAAAGGUCAGAAAUCAGAUAGAGUGGAUGUCACAUUACAACCAGAAGAGUUGGAACUAAUGGAUAAUGUCUUGCCUGCGAAGUAUGAGGAAGCAAGAGAGGAAGAGAAGCUGCGCAGUCAGCGGGAGGACUUCAGUGACAUGGUUGCUGAGAAUGAGAAGAAGAGGAAACGGAAAAUGCAGGAAAAGGAGGGAAAAUCCAGCAAGAAAAGGGAUUUCAAGUUUUAGGAGGUUCUUGGUUUGUGAUUGUAUUGUUGCAAUUGCCAAAUCCAACGCACCUUCUUGGCUCGCUCUAUAUUUCCAUCAUAUGGAAUCAUAAUAAUAGUUGCUUGUUUCCCUUGCCAAAAACUGUACUGGCUGUUGACCUCUACAACUCCUUGGCGCUAAAAACAUGGCCUUGUUGUACCAGUUUGUUAAAUGAGGAAAUUUGUUGUCUA